UGUGGGCUUCAUUGUUAGACUAAUUUUACCGCCAAUAAUCCUGCGACAAGUGUCGUCAGCAUGUCCUUGGCGGAUCAGCAGUGGUGUCCCACAAGCGUCCAGGUAACGGUGCUCCAAGCCCGAGGCCUGAGGACGAAGGGGAAAAACGGCACUAACGAUGCGUACGCGGUUAUGCAAGUGGGCAAGGAGAAGUAUCAGACCUCGGUGGUGGAGAAGAGCGUGGCUCCGGUGUGGAAGGAGGAGGCCGCUUUCGACCUGCCGCCGCUGCACUUCGGUGGAGGAGGAGGAGGAGGAGGAGGAGCAGAGCGGGGCACGCUGCAUGUCCACGUCCUGCACCGUGCCCUGGUGGGUCCAGACAAACAGCUGGGACAGGCUGUCAUCAACCUGCUGCAGCUCAGUGAGGACAAAACCCGCAACAAGACCGAAUGGUUCAAGUUACUGGACAAGGUUGGCAAGGCAGACAAAGACAGAGGAGAGGUGCUCGUGGACAUCCAGUUCAUGAGAAACAACAUGACCGCCAGCAUGUUUGAUCUCUCCGCUGCCGGCAAGUCCCGCUCUCGCCUGGGCAAGUUCAAGGACAAAGUGCGAGGCAAGAAAAAGGAAUCGGACACUGUGUCGAGCGUGGUGCCAUCCUUCUCUCAGGUUCUGACGGACAGCGAGGACGAGGCAAAUGGGGAUGGGAACGUAGCUGCAGGGAAGGAUGAGAAGAAGAAGAAGAAACAUAAAAUCAAGUCUUUGUUUUCUCCCAAGUCCAACCUGCAGAGGAACAUGUCUCAGUCCAUGUCUGUCCUGCCUGCGAAGAACUCCUCACUGAGCGGCAGCCAGUCGUCUGGUCUGAAUGUGGAUUCCUCUGAGGGUAAAAAGAAGUUCAAGUUCAUGAUACAUAAACGCUCAGGCAGCUCAGACAGCAAAGAUUCCUCCGCUGGCCAAAAACAUGGCGCCGUAGAACAGAGCAACCUGUGCAUCAAUGGCAGUCACGUAUACUGUGAAGAGCCGCAGCCUCGGACCUCUCGCAUCGGAUCAAACUUCAGUCUGGCCAGUUCAGGCCAUGGAUCCAUGGAGGAUGUCCCUGAAAGCUCCCCCCCAUCUGUUGAUUCACUUAGGGGAGUGAGGCAGUAUUCACCCUGGACAGAAGAGGAGGAGGAGGAGGAGGAGGAAGUGGAGGCAGCUGAAGUAGAAAAUACAACGGAGGACGUGGAUGAACUUAGAAGGGAGGAAGAGGAAAGGAUAAGGAUGGAGGAGGAGAGGAGGAGAAAAGAAGAGGAAGAGGAAAGGGUGAGGAGGCAAGAAGAAGCGCUUGAGAGAUUGGCCGAGGAGAAGAGGAGACAAGAGGAAGAGGAAAGAGAGAGGAUUGAAAAAGAAGAGGAAGAGGAAAGGAUUCGGAGGGAGGAAGAGAGGAAGAGAGGAGAGGAACAGGAGAGGGUUAGGAGAGAAGAAGAAGAGCGUGAAAGAUUAGCAGAGGAAAAGAGGAGACUAGAGGAACAAGAAAGAAAAAGAAUGGAGGAGGAAGAGGAAAGGGUUAGGGUGGAGGAGGAAAGGGCUCAGGAAGAGAGGAGGAGACAAGAGGAAGAGGAGAGGGCUAGGAGACAAGAAGAAGAGCGUAAAUUAGAAGAGGAAAAGGGGAGACUGGAAGAAGAAAGAAGGAUUGAGGAAGAGAAAGUUAGAAAGGAGGAAGAGGAGAGGAUAAGGAAGGAGGAAGAGAGGGCUGAGGAAGAGAGGAGGAAAGAGGAAGAAGAGAGGGUUAGGAGAGAAGAAGAGCGUGAAAAAAAGAGGAGACAGGAGGAAGAAAAAAGGCAAAGAGAGGAAGAGGAAAGGAUUAGGGUGGAGGAGGAAAGGGCUCAGGAAGAAAGGAGAAGAGAAGAGGAAGAAGAGAGGGUUAGGAGAGAAGAGGAAGAGCGUGAGAAAAAGAGGAGACUAGUGGAACAAGAAAGGAGGCAACAGGAGGAAGAGGAAAGGAUUAGGAAAGAGGAGGAGAGAAGACAAGAGGAAGAGGAGAGCGCUAGGAAGGAAAAGGAAGAGUAUGAGAGAUUGAUAGAAGAACAGAGGAAACUAGAGGAGAAAGAAAGGGAGAGGAUUGAGACAGAAGAGAAAAUUAGAAGGGAGGAGGAGGAAAGGAUUAGGAUGGCGGAAGAGAGGAGGAAAGAAGAGGAGGCGGAGAGGGUGAGGAAAGAAGAAGAGGAGCGUGAGGAAAAGAGGAGACUGGAGGAACAGGAAAGGACAAGAAUUGAGGAAGAAGAAAAAAGGCAAAGGGAGGAAGAGGAAAGGAUAAGGAAAGAGAAGGAGAGGAGACAAGAGGAAGAGGAGAGGGCUAGGAAGGAAAAGGAAGAGUAUGAGAGAUUGGUAGAAGAAAAGAGGAGACUGGAGGAACAGGAGAGAAUUAGAAAGGAAGAGCAGGAAAGGUUCGAGGAGGAGGAGAAGAGGAGACGAGAGGAAGAAGAGAGGGCUGAAAAGGAAAAGGAAGAAAUGGAAAGAUUAGCGCAGGAGAAGAGGAGACGAGAGGAAGAAGAAAAGAGGAGGAUUGAGGAGGAGGAGAGGAUUAGGAGGGUGGAGAAAGCUGAGAGGGAGAGGAAAGAAGAGGAGACCAGGAAGCUGGAGAAGGAAAAGUUAGCAAGAGAUGCAGAAGAACGGAAGACAAGAGAAAAUAAAACAAAAGAUGGACACAAAUCUGAAGUAGGUGUGGCGAGGACUGCAGAUGUCACCUCCUCUAAUCCGUUUGAUGAAAACUUUUUAAAUAAUCCCUUCGAGGAGAUUCCCAACUCACGCGCUGGUCCCGACAGCGGCGCAGCCACAGCGUCCAACGUCCAACAAGGGUGUCAGUCUGCUGUGUCAUCGGUGAGAAGCAGGACAGUUUCCACUGAUGAAAAGGACCUGAUUAGUGCUCAACGGGAGAAGCGACCGGCUCCUCAGCCUCCAGGAAGGAGUCAAGCUGAGAGUCAGAGGGAGCAGGAUGUUGCUACACGACACCUGGCACAAAUGAACAAGCAGAGUAAUGACAAAGACAUCAAAACUGCCAGUGUUCUCCCUCAGCGCGCGACGCAAAUGAUCGCCCCUCUGAGUCAGUCUCCCGCAGAUACAACGAACACCCAGAGCGAAAUGCAAAGUAGUUCCACCAAAGGAACAGCGAGUGUAGCCAAACACAGUAAACGUCCUGCGCCAUCCAGACCUCGCUCUGUGGAAGAAGAGCCGUCAUCUGAGCCCAAAACAGCCAACAAUACCCAGAGAGGUGGCUCAGAGACAAAACACGUCCCUGUUGUGUAUGGCUCAAAUCCAUUUGAAGAUGAUGAAGAUGAGCUCACAGCCGAGGAUGAUGCGAAAACCCCAGGUAGUUCUGGUUCAGUUCACUGGCCUCCAGCUGUGUCCCAAGCUGCUGAUAAAGACGCCGCCUCCCAAGCGAAACUCAAAUCUUCAAAGGUAGCCCGCGCUCCUCCACCUCCUGCGAAGAAAGCCGCCACGUCAAGCACUUUAAUCCACCAAAACACUGACGGAGGCCACGUUACGGAUGAUGCAGACGCGGCUGUACCUGAUAACGGUGCACACCAAGCAUGUGACCCACAGCCAGAGGCCGUAAUCUCUGUGCCAGACCAGGGGGCUUCACGGAAAGAGCCCCAGCCCGGGAGAGCGCAGGAAGUGCCUUCUACAACUUCACGCAGACUUCAACCUGUAAAACCCCUUAAUCCUCCAGACCAGCAGUCUGUCUCCAAUGUUCAAGGGGGAAAAUAUAACCAACCCACAGGAAUCCUCAGUGAAGUUCAGGAGAAAACAAAGGUAAAUGACACCGGGCUGAAAGGGCCGUACUCCCAGCUGACUCGAGAGGAACUCAUCUCUCUGGUGCUGAAACAGGAGAAGCAGCUUACUGAGAGAGACAAAAAGAUAUCAGAGCUGGAGAAGUACAUUGACAACUUGCUCGUGCGUGUCAUGGAAGAGAAACCAAGUAUCCUGAUGUCCAUGAGCUCUCUGAUGAAGGGUGUCUAAGUAGAUUCACAAUUGAUGCUUUUUUCCCGCUGUAUCGAACCAGUGCAGACCCGAUUUCAGGUUUAACAGCAGUGGAUUUGAACAGUUUAGGGUUCAAGUUCAACAUAUUGGCAGAUGAAUAAUGAUAAAGACUGAAAUAUAUUUUGUAAAAGAAAUCUUGCAGAGUCUGGUUCAGUUCCAGCCAAGAGCCUUUCAAUUGGGGGAUUAUGUCAACUUUCAAUCAAAGAUGAUCAUAAAUGUAUUCUACAUUUUUCUAAAUAUUUAGUUAUAUUUUUGACACUUUGCUACAGUAUGUACAUGUCUGACUUUGAAACAAACCCUUGUGUAUUUGUUAUGAUUGUUUUCAUGUUGAGCAUAAAAUCCUGUCUAGUAAUCACUUUGAUGAAUGUCUAUGCCUACCUAUUAAUGUAUUACCUGGCAAAACAAAGUGCAUACUGUCUGUUUUUCUAUAGUCUGUUUGCUGUUCACUAUUAUGUCCAGUUUAAAGAAGAGCCUUAUUUUGCUGUUAAUGUGCACUAGUUAUGUAGAUAAAGUUUCCUGCUCCUGCACUGAAUGUCAAAAGUUUACAUGAUUCAACUAACCCCCCAAAAGCACUUUAAUUAAGCUUACACUAUUAACAAUUACUGUACUGAUGUUACUGCUGCGUGGUAUUAAAAGAUGCAAAAUAAAAUCAACCUUUG